GGAAGUGCGCGUGGAGGCCGGCUUUCCUGGAGAACCACCCUAUUUUUUUUUCUGACGGGGCGCGCGCGAGUGCGAGUGCGUGCAGCAAAAACAACAAACUAGGAGCGCGAGAAGGAUCACGGACGAAAUGGAGGAGCUAAGUGCGGUAGGAGAGCAGGUUUUCGCAGCAGAAUGCAUUCUUAGUAAACGACUAAGAAAGGGCAAGUUAGAGUAUCUGGUGAAGUGGAGAGGCUGGUCUUCCAAGCACAAUAGCUGGGAACCAGAAGAAAAUAUCCUUGAUCCAAGGCUGCUGCUUGCUUUCCAGAGAAGGGAACAGGAAAAGGAGCUGCAAAGUCGUAAAAGAGGCAAGAGGCCUAGAGGCAGACCACGGAAGAAUGUUGUUCCUGAAGUACCACAGAAACGACAGUCAAGCAGCUCCUCCUCCUCUUCAUCUUCUUCCUCCUCAUCCUCUUCUGAUGAAGAUGAUAGUGACCUGGAUGCCAAGAGGGGUCCACGUAAUAGAGACACUCAUCCAGUUCCCCAGAAAAAGGCUCAGAUUUUAAUGGCCAAACCUGAACCUAAAGACACGGUUAAAAAAAAGAGAGGUAGAAAGCCAAUUCCUCCUGAACUUCGGGCAGAUAGACGGAAUAGAUCGCCCUCAAAAAUAUUAAAAUCUGCAGGGAAGGAAAUGGACCCCAAACUACAUGAUAAGACACAGAAUCAAAAAGGCAUGACAGUCCCAGGUGUUACAGGACUGAAGAAUAUGAAGGAAUCUCCAAGUAUAAGUAACAGUCUGCUUGGUGUUAGGAGUUCUCUGAUGCAGCAUUCCUCUGGUAUAGCAAAGUGUGCACCAGCACUGUCCCCAGCAAAUGCAGGGUGGAACCUUGGCCUGAACUGGCACAACAGUAUUCAUGGUUUGAACAGACUUGCGCAGAACAAAAGUAUUUCAGAUGCAGCAUCUGUAAACAAAGUUGCUGCAGCACCACAGCUUACAAGCAAAGCUCACAUGGGUCUGGAUUUGAAAAAUGUAAGCACCAAUAAAGUAUUAGCAGAUAUAGGCCUCAGCUCUUCUGGUUCCAAGGGGAUGAACAGCACGACAUCAGCAAAAUCGGCCACUUUCAGUACUUCAAAUGAGAAGAAGGCUGAACCGUCUGGAAGUACAGCACUUCAGAAUGGCACUGAGGUGCCGUCACGUGCUCCUGAUUCAGAUAUGCAAGUACUGAGUCUACAGGCGCUGAAUCUGCAGAGUGUAAAUAAAGUCAGUAACAAUUCCUGUCUGUUGAGCAGUUCAUCAAGUGUCUCCUCAGUCUCCAAAGCUGCCAGUAGCCUCUCUCCAAACAUGGCCAAAACAUACAACCAAAAAAGUAGUAGUACAGGACCAAAUUCAGCUAGUUCAGAAUCUCCUAAAUCUGCACCAGCCACGACAGCCAGCCAAGGUACUGGUACUCAAAUUAGCACAGGUAAAACUACUCAAGAUGGGAUAGACAGUGAAAAGCAGAAAAAAAUACUUCAUCUUGAGAAGGACAAAGUAAGUAUGGGUAGUAUUCAGGGAUCUGAAAGCCAACCAUUGGAGCGUAACCAGAAACAAGCUAGCUCUUCAGUAGGAAACACUAAGACUGCUACAAAAACCUUCCCUGAAAUGAGCACUGGGGAAGAGGAAGAGACAAGUUCAGACUCUGAUCAGGAUUCCGCCUUCUCAGGUCAAGGGCAGAACAUGUCCAUCUCUAUCCAGACUAACCGGGACUGGAAGCCAACACGUAGUUUGCUGGAGCAUGUAUUUGUUACAGAUGUAACUGCUAACUUGGUUACAGUGACUGUAAAGGAAUCUCCAACUAGUGUUGGAUUUUUCAGCCUUCGUCAUUACUGAUAACCAGGCAGUGUUUCUGCCAAAAGGUCACAUUUUGCUGUUUUAGAUUCCAAACAUUUCCUGUAUUUGAAAAUAGGGUUGUAGUGGAGAGUGUGAAUCGAUGGAUGACCUGGCUGGUGCAUACAUAUUGCCAGAUUGUUCAAUAGCUGAACAGAAGGUACUGUUGGAUUUAGUUACUUUAAUUGGUCCUAACAUAUUAUAGGAGAGAGGUGUCAAGAUUUGUUUUUCUCCUUAUGGCUGCUUGAAGUGUUAACUGUUUUAGCCCCCAGCAGAUUCAGGAGGCUUAUAGAUCAUGGAAACUUGUACUGUUCAUCGCCUUAUAGUUGAUUUUCACAGAAGUUCUUUAUUGAAGAACAUUUCAGAGAAAUGCUGUUGGAGUACUCUGUCGCAGAGUAAUCGUAUUUAGUGAGAGUGAUUAAUUAGGUUUUUAAUUUAUACCAGUAGUUCAAUCUCUCUGUUGUGCGUUUCUGAGAAGUGGGCAUAAUUUUAUUUUUGUUACAAAAAUGGGGGUGACUGGUUAUUCAGACUAGUGUUUUUUUGUAAUUUCUGCUUAUGUUUGAUUUGUUAGUAGUAAAAUCAGAGGGUUCACAGCUAAAUAGACAAUUUUCAGUGCAGUCAACUAACUUUUUUUUCCCUGUCCAUUUAGUGCUGUGAAAAAUGCCCUUUACUCUUUGCUGUCAUAUUCAAGCCACGUUGGCUAAACUGUCUUCAGUUUGUUGGUGCUGUUACCUUUAAAAUGUCUUAAAAUGCAAUCAGUCAUUGCCUUGUUUUAAAACAGUUAUAUUCUUUGUUGCUGAAGUUGUAGAUUUAAAAAAAUAUAUAUAUUAAGAAGUGAACUUUAAA